AUGACAUGGAAUAAAUCGGAAAAUGCAUUGAAGCAAAUAUUAGAAAAUGCAAAUACUUGGCAUCCAAAUAUUAAACUAGAAUAUAAAAUCGGUAAAAGUCUUCCAUUUCUUGAUAAUCUCCUUUCAAAUAUCAAUGGCACUCUAUCAACAUCGGUCUAUCAUAAACCAGCAGCAGAACCCUAUGUUGUACCAUUUAUUUCUGAUCAUCCUCGACAUGUAUUCGAAAACAUUGUACAAACAAGUCUUCGACGUGCAAUCAAAUAUUCAUCAACUUUUCAAUUAUUCAAUGAUGAGACAAGAUAUAUCAAAUCAACAUUUUUGUACAAUGGUUAUCCUUCUUCAUUUAUCGAUAAGACAUUCCGAAAAUUCUUCUCUGGCUACAUAUCAUCUCGAUCAUUUCUACCAUUUCUUGAUAAUGAAAGGCAAUUCUCACAAAUCCGCAUUGCAUUAUCUGGACAACCAAGUCGACAACAAUCUCAAGUCGAAAUGAGAAUUGCAACACUUGCGACCGAUAAUGACCAUUUAAUUGAAGAAUUGGAUAAAAAACAAGAAUUAACCAUUCAAGAAAAACAUAAACCAAAUGAAUUUCAAAAGAAACUA